AUGCAUAAUCUGUCUGAUAUAUGUUGUCGUCUUUUCAUAUUUAUCGAUUUCAUUCUAUUCAUCUAUCAUAUCACACUAUCCCAAAGACACUUUUUUUUCUUUCUUUUCUCUUGCCUUUUUUCUCUUUCUUUCUUUUUUCUUUCUUUUUUUCUCUUUUUUUUUUUUUUUUUUUUAAUUUUUCUUGCUUUUCUUUUCUUUUUUUCGUUUGCCUACGUUUUUUUUCCUUUCUUUUCUCUUUUCUUUUUUUUUUUUUCUUUCUUGCCUUUUUUUCUUUUUUUUUCUUCUUCUCUCUUUUUUUUCUUUUUUCUUUCUUUUCUCUUGCCUUUCUUUACCUUCUUUUCUCUUGCCUUUCUUUUCUUUCUUUUCUCUUGCCUUUCUUUUCUUUCUUUCUUUUCUUUCUGUCUCUUCUUUCUUUCUUUCUUUUUUCCUUUCUCUUUCUUCUUGGUUCCACUUUCCUUUCUUUUCUUUUGCGCUCUUUUUUUCUUUCUUACUUUUGUUCCCUCUUUCUUUUCACGAAUAUUUAUUCAUUUAUUCCUGAUUUAUUUGUUCUUUCUUUUUUUCCUUCCUUCCAUUCUUUUUUCCUUCGUCCCUUCACUUCCUUUACGACUUUUCCCCCGUUUUCCUUCAUCAUUUAUUUCCAUCUUUCCUUCAUCCCUUUCUUUACCCCUUCCUUCUUCUAUGCCUUCCUUCCACCAUCUCUUCCAUCAUCACUUCGUUCCUUUAUGCCUUCUUUGUGUUUUCCUUCAUCACUUCCUUCCUUUUUUUCCUUCAUCUGUUAUUUCACUCUUUCCUUCAUCCUUUUCUUCCUGUUCUCCUUCAUUGCUUCUUUCAUCACUUCUUUCCUUCAUCCUUCCCUUCACUCUUUUCUUCAUCCUUUCCUUCCUGUUCUCCUUCAUCACAUCUUUCCGUCACCUCUUCCUUCAUUCCUUUUAUUUGUUCUUUCUUUCCUUCAUCACAUUCUUCAUCUCUUCCUCCUCUUAUACUUCUUUUCUUCAUCCAUUCCUUCUUUCAUUCUUUCCUUCCUGUUCUCCUUCAUCACUUCCUUCGUCACUUCUUUCCUUCAUCCCUUUCUUCAAUCCUUUUUUCAUCCUUUCUUUAUUUUAUCCUUUCCUUCAUGUUCUUCUUCAUCACUUCCUUACUUUCAUCAUUUCUGUCUUUCCUUCAUCUCUCCCUUCACUCCUUCCUUCAUCCAUUCUUUCUUUCAUCCUUUCCAUCGUGUUCUCCCACAUCACUUCCUUCAUCACUUCUAUCCUUCUUUCUUUUAUUCCUUCCUUCACUCCUUUCUUCAUCCUUUCCCUCUUUCAUCCUUUCCUUCCUGUUCAACUUCAUCCUUUCCUUCAUCACUUCUUUCCUUCAUCACUUCUUUCCUUCAUUCCUUCCUUCACUCCUUCCUUCAUCUUUUCUUUCUUUCAUCCUUUCCUUCCUUCGUCACUUCUUUCCUUCAUCCCUUUCUUCAAUCCUUUCUUCAUCCUUUCUUUAUUUUAUCCUUUCCUUCAUAUUCUUCUUCAUCACUUCCUUACUUUCAUCACUUCCUUACUUUCAUCACUUCUGUCUUUCCUUCACUCCUUCCUUCAUCCAUUCUUUCUUUCAUCCUUUCCAUCGUGUUCUCCCACAUCACUUCCUUCGUCACUUCUAUCCUUCUUUCCUUUAUUCCUUCCUUCACUCCAUCCUUUCCCUCUUUCAUCCUUUCCUUCAUCACUUCUUUCCUUCAUUCCUUCCUUCACUCCUUCCUUCAUCUUUUCUUUCUUUCAUCCUUUCCUUCCUUCAUCACUUCUUUCUUUCAUCCCUUCCUUACUGCCUUCUUCAUCCUUCCUUCUUUUAUCCUUUCCUUCAUGUUCUUCUUCAUCACUUCCUUCCUUCAUUCAUUCCUUCCUUCAUCCUUUCUGUUCUUCAUCCCUUCUGACCUCCUUACCUCUCUCUCUCUACUUUCCUUUCUUUUUCUUUCCUUUCUUCUUUCUCAUCUCCUUUCUUUCUUUCUUGCCUUCAUUCGUUCCUUCUAUCUUUCUUACCUUUCCUUCUUUCUUAAAUGUAUUUCUCCUCCUUUCUUCCCCUUUUUUUCUUAGUCCUUUUCUACAUUUCAUCUUUUGUCUCUUUGUUUCUUCAUCAUUAGCUCAUGGCUUCUUUCUUAUUCAUUUCUUUCUCCUUUUCUUCCCCCACCCUUCUUUCUUUCCUCCCACCCUCUUUUACUUUCUUCUUCUCUUCAUCAUGCUUUCCCUAAAUUCCUCUUUUGGAAGAAAGAUUUUUUUUUUCGGUUCUAUAUUGAACUCCUGA